ACUGUUUUGCCUCACUUAAGUCUAGGCUAUCCGACUGUCAACAACGAAAAUUGCGCGCGCUCUCUCUCGGUUGAAGGCUGCGGUGGGUUCUUUCUCUUCCUGCAGUGGUUUGUUGGAUAGUUUCGGCUUUUGGAGUUUUGGUUUUUGGCGUCUGAUUCGGACGUUUAGAAGUGUGGAAAAGUCGUUCGUGGUGCGAAGAAGAGUGGUGGGGAAGCAGAGCAGCAGCGAGCAAAACAGAACGACCCCUCUGCCUGUGGAAUCCCUCGGGUGGCAGCAGCAGUAGUAGUGGUAGUAGUAAACCUAUACUCAAAGGGGGGACUACUUACAACCGAGUGUGUCAGUUAGUGAGAAAGUGCACAAACGGCUCUCGGAUCGGUGGGUGCUUAGUGGGACAAUGUGCGAGAGAGACACCGUGAUUGGGCUGCGAAGAAGAAGUUGUUAAUAUAUAACAAGUUGCAUCAUAGUCUUAAGACUUCAGUCUUAAGAAAGUGAACCGCCAAUAAACAUCUUUCGCAAAAAAAGGAAAACACGCCGCGACGUGAGCAGCAAGUCAGCUUUGGAAUUCCGCGCGUGCAAUCUCAAGCUAUUUUCGAAGUUUUGCAAUCCUGACGGUGGUUUGUUUUUGCGAUAACCGUAUGCUACGCGGACGAGUUCUCAAGGAUUUUCCGGGAUCUAGCAGCAGCACUGGCAGGAAGCUGAAUCAUUCCGUCGGAGUUUUUAGCGAGGAUUACAAUGGAUUAUUUUUACUUUUGGAUUUACAACAAGAGGAAAUGAAGAUGAGUGUUUUUUUUUUUGAAGAAAUGAAGAUUCUGAAGAUUGUGAUUUAAACGGCCUGCUGAUUUUUUUUUCUGGAUAAUGUUUAAUGGACUAAAAAGGACUGAAAGUGAACCAGUGCAAUAAUUUCUGGAAGAACAAAAGUGCAAUCAGGACAUUUCUGGAAACUUGUGUGCAAUCAUAAAAGUACGGAUUUUAGAAGCUGCAUGGGAAGAAACAAAGAGUAGUGUUCAGAAAAAUAUGGAAUCGCCUCAAAUGUACGAUACAAACCAAAUUCAAGUGCGAAGUGAUAUCAAAAAGUUAACAAUGGCAGCGAAUAACAACAACACCAACAACAACAAUGCUUCGACGCCAAACAAUAACAACUCCCCGACGGCGGUCAACCAGAAUACGUUGGCUUUGAAGCAGCAGCAACAACAGCAGCAGCAACAGCAGCAGGUUCAGCUGAAUCAACACGCCCAGUCAAAUGGGAAUGUGUUGACCAACGGGAACAUUCUGUCGAAACAGAUGCUCCAGCAGAUUCAGUACUCACAGAGUGAACUGGAUGAGCUUACAUCUCAGGAAAUUUCACUGGACCUCCAACAUCUGAUCGAUGAUCAGUUCCGUGAUCCGGAGGCCCUUGGUAUCUUUACCGAAAUGGUUACCGUCGGCAGUACCAACGGUAGCUUAACGAAUCCAUUGGUUCAGACAGCGGCUGCUAAAGCCCUCCAGCUACAGCAGGCCCGGUUGUCCCAGCACACAAAUGGUAACAACUAUCAACGAUCUCUGGCUUACAUGCCACAACCAGUUCAUACUGGUGCAACCUACGCGAACACUUCAAGUGACGAGAACAGCAGUGUUGGAUCUUCAGACACUGCUAACAUCAAAGAAGAACCCGUAGAUUCAAAUGAGUACCGCCGUCAGUUACAGAACAGUGGCGCUCAGUUCAUGGGUAAUACGACGUAUCAGCUUGCUGGCGGCGGUACAGGAGGUGGAGGUGUCGGCGCAGGCAACUACGUUACCAACGGUAAUGGAAAUACCUUCUCGAACCUUACUCCGGCUACGGUGUUGCAUCACCAGGCCUUGCCACAUCUUGCCGGAGCAGCCCAUCUGGCGAAUCUUACCAAACACAACAAGAUGCUACCGCACGUAGCUCGAAAGACGUCACCAAAGUCCGUCGACAAAGGUACUGACGAAUAUCGGAGGAGACGCGAGAGAAACAACAUCGCCGUUCGAAAGUCCCGCGAAAAGGCCAAGGUGCGAUCGCGGGAGGUCGAAGAAAAAGUGAAAACUCUUAUCAAGGAGAAGGACCUUCUAAUUCGGAAGAUCGAAGAGAAGAACAACGAAAUCCAGCUCUACAAGCAACUCUACAUGCAUCUGAUGAACCACAGCAAUCCAGAGAUCAACCAGAUCUGUCGUAGUGCGCUAAAUCUAUCAAACAUGGGUGAUCAUAUGUAGGAUUAGUGUGAUUUUAUGUAACCAACCUCACAACCCUCUCCUGUUCUUCAUUACUUGAAGUGGUCUGUCAGUAGCUUAUAGUAAAUUAAAUCGCAAAACGCGCAUUAUUUAGUGAAAAAUGUAGAUUGGAAAUCUUGUAAAUAUAGACAAAAACCUGGCAACGGGGAAGUUA